CUUGGAGGUAUGUUGUGCACCAGCCGACGGAUAAUUACUUACCAAACACACCCACGUGUGGCAUGUCAUAAAUCCAAACCUCUCCUAGCAUAUAUGUUGUCCUCUGGGCAGGCAUCUGGCUCGUUAAACCGGAUCUCGUUCCUACCGCCCCGAGGUUCGUAUAUAUGGUUCUACCGAGCUCUCGAUCACUCGACCCAGGCGGCGUUCGCCCUCCGCUGGCCAUGGGACGCCAUAGGAUGUCAUGGGGAUGACGAUGAGGAUCAUGACAACUUCCCGAGCCCCAUAUCCUCCACAGCAUGUCCAUUCUUUCCCGCUGUCCGCGCAAAUCAAGUCGAGGCAUUAUAAAUAUGAAAGGAGCGGCUGCUCAAGCGGAGCCCUUCCAGAGUGGAGGAGGUUGAGUUCGGGCAAUUGUGAGCGGCCGAGGUCGGCGGUGCUAACAUCAAAUCGCAUUUGCAUGGACGUUACGGAGGUGCGGAGCAGACUCAGUCGACUGAGGACCGCAGCUCGGCCGCUAUCUGAAUUCCGGCAAGAAACGCCGUUCCCUCGUUACGCGGACAUCGGCGGCACCCACUGGCCGACUGCCCGCCUGCGUCGUUGCCUGCAUUCUCCGAGACCGCCGAUCCCGAAUUCUCCCGACAUCCUCCACCGUUCAACGUUACUCUUAACCCCGACCUACAGAACUGGCCCUGGCCGUUUGCAGAAGGACCUAGCGCAUGAGCGGAAGCGUGGCUGCAGGAGGCAGGAGAGGAGCGACAAGGCAGCACCACUGAGCGCCUUCACUUACCUCACGAAAUGAAUAACUCUUCCGCCGUUUGGAAACGGCCUGCGCGGCGGUGGCGA